AUGUCUCCUUCAUCAACAGCACAGCAGACCUCACGGCACUUUGCCACGUCGUCGCGCGUUCACCCUUCAUACCUGCCCUACCUCCAGGCGCCAAAACCACCCAAGGUGGCCAGGUGGAUUCCUCCAGCCGUCGCCAUCGCAGGAAUAGGCUACGGCGUCUCCAAGUUCCAGCAGUCGCGGUCCCUCCGCUCAGCUGCGCAAAAGGCAGACGAGGCGGACCGCAAGCGCCGCGACGACCUGAUGGCCGACGCGUAUGGCGACAGGGGGAGCCUCGAGGCCCUCGAGGAGGCGUGUCGUGUCUACGAGGCCCAGCAGCAGAGGCGGUGA